AUGCCAACCAUACUGGGCAUAUACUUCUUUAACUUUAAAGAGAUCAGCCUCCAUGCCUGUAUUGCCCAGGUGUACUUCAUUGCCACACUCCAAUGCACUGAAUCUGCCGUGCUUUUGUUCAUGUCCUUCGACCGCUUCAUCGCCAUAAGUAACCCACUGAGAUAUGCUUCCAUUUUAACCCUACCAAGAAUAGCUAAGAUGGGGCUGGUGAGUGUGAUAAGAUCAGUUACCCUAUUACUCCCGCUCCCCGUUUUCCUGAGGCGGUUCCAAUACUGUCGAUCCAAUGUCCUCUCCCAUUCCUACUGCCGGAAUGAAGACAUUGUGAAGUUGGCUUGUUCGGAUAUCAGUGGAUGUGGCAUAUAUGGCAUGAUCCUUAAAUUAUUAACAAUGGGGUUGGACGUGCUGCUCAUCUUCUUCUCUUAUGUGAUGAUCCUCAAAACAGUGCUGAGCAUCGCAUCUCAAAUGGAGUGUCUCAGGGCCCUGAACACCUGCGUCUCCCACCUCUGUGCCAUCCUGCUUUUUUACAUUCCAGAGUUCAGCUUGUCCGUGAUACACAGAUUUGCGAAUGACGCUUCUCCUUUGCUUCCCAUUCUUCUGAGCUACAUCUCCCUGCUUGCCCCACCCCUGAUGAACCCAAUUGUGUACAGCGUGAAAAGCAAACAUCUCCGUGCAAGGAUCAUCAAGAUGUUCACCAAGUGA